AGCGACUGAAAGCGCGAGCCAUGGAAUUGGGGUACUUCCAGUGUACUUCCAGUUGAACCGGUGGAAUAGGACUAGGAGCCUGAUUUUGAGUUCAAGCCAUCUUGACUGCUCUGGGCUCAAGCAGAAGGGUCUCUAUCCCUCAGCGACUGAGCCAAAGGUGCUUGGAGCUGAGUCGAAUGGAAAAGUACGAGCGCUUGCGGGAGCUUGGUCGAGGCUCUUAUGGCUGUGCGGUUCUGGUGCGUGAUCGAAACAGUCGACAGCAGCGUGUUGUCAAGGAGAUUGACUUGUCCCGCAUGCCUGCUCUUGCGAAGAACGAGGCCCAGAACGAAGUGAAUGUUCUAAGGGGUUUGAAGCAUCCGCACAUUGUGGCAUACUGUGAUUCCUUCUUGGCGGGUCGCAUGCUUUGUAUUGUCAUGGAGUUCGCUGAUGCCGGAGACUUGAGCCAACUCAUCAAACGAAAGAGGUCCAUCAGCGAGCAGCUACGAGAAAGUGAGGUCUUGCCCAUCUUUGCCCAGUGUUGCUUGGCCCUCCACUACGUCCACAGGCGGCACGUGUUACAUCGGGAUCUCAAGUCCCAAAACAUCUUCAUGACAUUGGCUGGAGCCGUCAAGCUGGGAGACUUCGGGAUUGCCAAAGUCUUAGACCAUACAGCUGCAGAGGCCAUCACCAUGAUUGGAACUCCCAUCUAUUUGGCGCCCGAAGUGUGUCACAGCAAGCCCUAUGGCAUGAAGGCUGAUGUCUGGUCCAUGGGAGUGGUCUUAUAUGAACUCUUGGCCUUGGCACCACCCUUCACCGGAGCCAACAUGGCUGCCUUGAUCAACAACAUUGUUACUGCGACCCCCAGGGAGUUGAACGCGGAGCUCUAUGGCCCAAAGCUGAGAGAGUUGGUGAUGGACAUCCUUCAGAAAGCACCCGAGAUGAGGCCCAGCGUGGCAGAGAUUCUGGGGCGUUCACCGCUGCGAGAUGUGGCGGAGGCCCUUCCAGCCUGGAGCCUUUAUGCUCCAGAGGGUGCGGCAGCUGUUGAGGUGGUGGGGGACGACAUGACAAUGCCCGGAGGAGGACAGAACGUUCCGGACACACAUUUGGCUCAACUGGAGUCGCUGGAAGACGUGCAGAAGAGGUCGGGCGAUCUCCGCCGCCGUCCGCCGCUACCCAUGCCCGAUUCUGCACGGGUGGCCAAUGAGUACAGGCAGAACAGAGAAGCAGCCCUGGCAGCCAAGGCUCGCGUGCUGGGCCGAACAGGGCAACGAAGUCUAAGUGCAGAACCUGCCGUGUCUGCAGCGAGCAGUGCAAACAGUGCAUGCGAAAGAGCUGCAAGGGAGGCAGAACACCUGCUUGCCUUGCAGCAAGCAGCGAUGCAGGCUCGACGUGACAGACAGCAGGUCCAACAACGACUGCAAGCAGAGAUGGAAGCAAAUGCAGCUAGAUACCAGCUGGAAACGUUGAAUGAUACGUUCGAACGCCCCAGUUCCGCAGAGAAUGAGAAGCAGCACCUCGCAGAUUUGCAAGAAGCAGCCGCACAGGCUCGAAGGGACCGACGACUCGUGCAGCAAAAAAUCCGAGAUUUAGAGAAGAAUUCUGAAAGUGAGCGGAUUUCGAACCUCACCGAGAUGGAUCCACAAGACCUACGACACGAUCAGGGUCUCGACCGACCAAGUCCACGCGGUGAGGAGGAGCAUCUUCUGGCACUGCAGGAGGCCAGGGCCCAAGCUCGCCGAGACCGAAAGGUCUUGGAUGCGAAGCGCAAGGCCCUGGCCGACGAGGGGCGCGAGGACGCUCCGCGCGCGGAGCGCGCUCCGCGCCCGGAGCUGGACACGGAGGACAGUCAGGGUGCUCGGCGCAUGGCCAAGGCAGAAGUACAGCGGCUGGAGGAGGAAAAGCGAUAUCGUGAAUUGCGGAAGGCCUCUGCUCAAGCCCGGCGCGAGCGGAAGCUGCUGCAACAGAAGGUGAGGGAGAUCGAGUGGGGAGACGGACGCGUGGAUGUCGACCCCUUUGAACGAGAUGAGUCGAACUUGAGGCUCUCCACCGAGCGGUCGGAGGGAUCGCACCGGCUUUCGUCCACCUUGAACCUCGCGGGCCAGUUGAGCCUGUCGCGGCCAGCGUCCGUCGAGCGCUCCGUGGAGCCGACCUCACCGGCCGUUGAGCAUGUUCACCUCGGCGCGUCACCGUGCGCUCCAAGCAUUGGUGAGGCACACUCGGCGUCGCCGGAAAGACGUGCAGCUGCGCGCAACGAAACCUUGGGCUCUUUGUCAUACUCACUCACUGCUCCCUUCUCCACACUGUUUUCGACCAGCUCCUAGCGGAGAA